UGCCAUGUCUGCAAUCCCGAUGUCUACGGUUUCGUCUUCUCGCCCACGAACGCCUGGAACCUCCACGCCAGAGGUCGAGACGUUCGUCGACGACCGCCCCUCCUUCGUAAACGCCGUCUACUAGGCGGACAGACCAGAACACACCUCAUGUAGACCCUCGUCCAAGUCUCUUCCAAGCCCCGGUUCGCCGUCGGCACAGGUGUCGCGCGCCUCGCAUACUUUCCUUGACCUGAAUUGAAUCAGGCCAUUACCUGUGUCGAAUGGUCAUUUACUGGGUAAUUAUCCCGUCAGUUAAAUACUGCCCUACAAAGCGGCUAUUAAACCUGACGCAUCGACCUCCCUACGACGAAAUGUCCUCUAUCCCUGCUCGACCCCCACUCGACGGCUCAAUCCCCAUCCUUCCGGGAUUCAUCGACUUUCAUGCCCAGCAACUGACCAGCCAGCUUGCUCGUGCCGCUGACAGAGUCGCCUAUAAGCUCAGGCCGAACAGAUCAGGUCCCGACAGUGAGGUUGUCGCCAUCCUCGUCAACUGCGACACGUGGUUUGAAGUGCUGAGCAUCGUGUCAUCCCCUCCAGCCAUUCCCCAUGUCUCCAGGAACUCUGCGCCCGCGAUAGUCGACAUGCUCAAGCGCACGUCCUGCCGCAGGAUUGUCUGCCAGACCAGUAUGCAUUCCCUGCUCACCGAUGUCCGAGCCGAGCUCGAGAGCGUACUUGAGAGCGAAAAGUACGCUCUCCAAGUCGACUCUCUUCCCGAGCUCGAGGAAAUCUUCCCAGCCUUGCGCGGAGGAGGCUCCCCGGAUCUGUGCGAACCUUACCCACAUAGUGACGAACCUUUCUCGACGGACGAUAUCAUCUUUUAUCUUCACUCGUCUGGCUCGGCCGGCUUUCCAAAGCUGAUUCCUCAACGCCAGGCCGACAUAUUUCAUAUGUGCUCCGCUCCAAUUAUUUCUGAUUGUGCGGAUCGCGCAGUUAUUGGGGGUGCCAUGGCACUUCCCACGUUUCACAUCAUAGCGCCUGCGUCGCCUGUGGUUCCUACACCGCGCAACACCAUCGAAGCAGCCAUGGCUGCCAAAUGUACAGGGUUCUUAACGGUCCCUGUGUUUGUUGAGGCGUGGGCGAAAUUGAAGGACGACGUCGAAUACCUGAAAACUUUGCAAAUAAUCGCCUCCGGAGGAGGGCCGCUGUCAUCCAAGAUUGGUAGCGAGCUCAUCGCGGAAGGCGUUAAUUUGUACCCAUGCUAUGGCGGGACCGAAUUCGGCUCGCAUACGAAGGUCUUCGACAUCGACGAGUCUUCCAGUCCCUCCCCGGACACCAAGACGAGAGCGGACUGGGAAUGGAUGUCAUUCUCCAACCGUGUGUCGUGCAGAAUUGGUCGCAAGAACGAUGUUAUUGUCCUCAAUUUGGGAGAGAACGUCGUACCGGUCCCCCAAGGAGUGAUAGGCUCAUCACGUAUAGUCCAGGGAGCUGUCAUGUUUGGUCGGGGCAAGAGCCAGUGCGGUAUUCUCGUCGAGCCCAGAAAAGGCUAUGCCAUCAACCGGAACGACGCGAACGCGUUGCCGGAAUUCAGAAACAAGCUGUGGCCGAUUGUUGAGGAAGCGAAUCGCGCCGCCCCGGCAUUCGCCAGAAUCUUCAAGGAAAUGAUUAUCGUCACGGACCGCGCCAGACCUUUGCCUCGUACCGCCAAGGGAACGGUUAUCCGGAAGCAAGCGCUGAAAACUUACGAGAAGGAGAUCAAUAGCUUAUACUCGAUCCUGGAAGACAGUGGAAACCCUGAAAGCAUCCGUCCAUCGUCCUCGUGGACUGUGCCUGACAUACAAGCCUGGCUCCUAGAACACGCUUCCGCUCUGCCCAACGGCCGAGAUAUAAUCUCACCAACUCAGGAGCUGUUUGACCAGGGGUUCGACAGCUUGCAUGCCACGUUCCUGCGGACCCGGAUUAUCAACGCCCUCCGUGCCGACCCUCAGACCAAUAUAUUCGCCCCGCACGUAUCGCAGAACUUUGUGUUCGAACACCCGACGCCCCAAAGCCUCGCAAUCGCCAUCGGUGUUCUCGUAGGAGAGGACGUUCGCGAAUAAGCGAAGGAAGAGUUUGAGUCAAGUGAUAUAGACCGUCCUGAGUAGCUAGCCAAGGAAUGAAUCUAAUACCGCUGGAUCCUAUCUAGACCAUGAGCGUCGAUCAGGCUGGCUGUAUAGUUAUGCUCGUAGCUGUUU